AUGGAUCUUGCGAUAUCUGCCGUGACAGGUGAUCUCGCUGGUCGAUUCAUCUCUUUUCUCAUGAACAAAUGUUGUGAUCAUCUAUGCUCGGAGGAGAAGCUGGAGAGCCUGCAGCAGCUGCUGCUGCGAGUCCACACGGUCAUCGAGGAGGCAGACGGACGGUACAUCACCAACUCUUUUAUGCUCGUUCAGUUGAAGACGAUAUCGGCAGCCAUGUACCAAGGGUACCAUGUGUUGGACAACAUCAGGUACAUGCAGCAUAAGGACUCCAAGGAACUGGUGAGCGACUCAUUUGCCUUAUCUGUUUAUGUUCCUCUCAAACGUUCUCGCACUGCAACCGGUACUAGUUCUUCAACAAACAAGGCCUUCAACUCGGAUUUGCAAAGUGCAAUUCAAAAUCUAGAAGCUGUCGCUGCUAACAUGGUGGAGUUUGUGGUGCUUUUGGGAGGAUGCGAGCGCAUGUGCCGUAGACCUUAUGACGCUUAUCUCCGCAUCGAAAACUUCAUGUUUGGCCGGCACGUCGAGAAGCAGAAGAUCCUUGGCUUCUUGCUGCGACAUGACGUUCCUGGUCCUCCGGCAGUCCUACCGAUCACCGGUGGACGUGGAUUUGGGAAGAAAACUAUUGUUGCACAUGCCUGCGACGAUGAGCGGGUGCGCACUCACUUCGCUAGUAUCUUGCAUCUGAAAGGAGAUGGUCUUACCAGAAUAACAGACCAUGAACGGCUGCCAGGAAGGACAUUGGUAGUUGUCGAGUUUGUUUCUGAUGUAGAUGGUGAUGACUGGACUGAAUUCUACUCAUCUGUUAUGAGCAUGGGCAGAGGAAGCAAGGUGAUAGUAUUCGGCCGAGAUAAAGAAUUGAGUAAAUUUGGAACCGUCAAGACAAUUUCUGUGAACCGCCUACCGUUUGAGGAGUACAGGUACCUGUUCAAGACCCUCGCAUUUGGAAGCGCAGAUCCUAUAGACCAUCCGCAAUUAGCUACGAUAGUGGAAGAGUUUGCAAUUUUGUUGGGAGGAUCACUCGUUUCAGCAAACUUGAUUGCACAUGCAAUGAGAAAGAAUCCAAGUGCCCAUUUCUGGCUUUGCAAAUUGAACAGGGUCCGAAUGACAGUCAAGCUGAACAUGUCCAGAUCAGGUGUCCAUCCAAAUGAGCUUCUUGAUCGAGGCCGUCCAGUGCACCUCAGCAACGGUCACUACCUUUUGUCUCCUAGUGCUCCAUCGUGCCUUAUACCCUCUGCUAGCGGUCCGGGCAAUGUUUCGGGAAAGAAUGUGCCUAAAGUGAUAUUUGGGGAAGAGGCAGGCCAUAUUGUUCCACCGAAAGGAGACUUUGAGCUAAUUUCAUGGGAGUCAAGGUUACCACCUUACACUUCUUUUGUUCACUUGGUUCAGUAUGUUCCAAGUUGUGUCGGUGCUAAGCCUGAAACAUCCUGGUCAGGGAAGAAGCGUCUGCAUAGAUUCAUGUCACAUAUGUCUUUGUAG